AUGACCAAUGAGGCAAAACUCCAAAGUUUGGAGAAUGAUUUGGUGUCACUAUCCCGAGGAAUAUUGACCAUUGGUCAAUAUUUUAACAAAGUAAAAAAUGUUUGUGCCGAAAUUUCAAAAUUGGAAUCUAAAAAUCCAAUUUUGGAAGUUCGAACAAGAAGAAUUCUCAUUUGUGACUUGAGACCGGAGUUCAAGGUCAUAGUGACGACAACAAGAUGGUGGUCUAAGGAGCCAACCCUGGCUAAGUUGGACAAUCUUCUAGCAAAUGUAGAAAUUCUCGACGACAAGAUGCCAAAGGCGUCAAUCAAAGAAGAGGAGAAGGUGCUGCUCAACAAAAGUAAAUACUCCAAUGGUGGAGAGAAGGCUCUUGCAUCGACAAGCGGCCAAAAGGGGUUAAAGAAGAACCAUAAGUGGAACAAGAAAUGGGGCAACUAUCAAGGGGAAGCUAAAAAAAAUUACAACCACCGUAACAAGUGUGGUGACGAAAAGAACAUGAAGGAUAAUGACCGAGAAAAUGGCAACUGCUACAUUGGUCACAAGAAAGGUCAUCUAGCCAGAGAUUGCUCGCACAAGAAGGAAGAAGGCAAUGUUGCAACGUCUUCCAAGGUGAAUGAUGAUGAAUGGGACUUAGAAGCAUAUUUAACAACAAAAUCUCCAAAAGGCACCACUUAA